AUGAGGCUCCGAUUGACAGUGCAGCGGAAUGGCCUGCCCGCUGCCAACAUCCUCUGGAAUGUUCCCGAGACGAACAGCCCGCAGGCAUACACCAUCACGCGCCUGCUCGAAGACGUCAACCACAUCAUUCCGCUGGAGGCCGAACACUGGGGCCUCGAGCACUAUGUCGUUGAGCUGGACGGUUUCGAGUGUUUGCACUUCUUUCCCGUCGCACAGGCGCUGAAGGAGGACGACCAUAUCAACAUACGACCCCUCAUGACGGCCGAAGUCCGCGCGCGCACACUGACCGGACGCGACCAGGUAUCAAACGCUGGGCUGCACCUCGUCGACGGUGUUCCAUUCGGCCGCCCAUACCUCCGACAACCCAAUCGACCCGCUGUGCGCAUACCGCCCCGCAAGCGACAACGACUAGACGACGCAGAGGUAGACGAGGGUGUUGCAGUCGCGGGCCUGCCUACUGUUGGUGGUGAGGCAGACGUAGCGCAAGAAGAGACCUCAGCUGUGAUGGACGGCGACGCGAGCCCUCGGUCUGAGACAAGACGACAAUCACAUAGAGCGCCCAAAUCAGUGCAAUUCAAACAGCCCGAAGCGGGAGAAGAUGAAGAUAGCGAGGACGGCGACGAAGACUUUGCACCUGGGGGCGAGAGCGGGGACGACGUUUCCAUGGAUGACGAGGAUGAUUCCAACUCAGACUCAGACUCGGACUCGAACGAUUCAUCUAGCGCUUCGGGCUCCUCGUCAUCAGAUUCAGACUCUGAUGGCAGUUCCAGUGACAGCGACAGUGACAGUGGGGAGAGCUCCGCGCCCGAUGUUCUCUCGUCUAGAGAUGGCAUUACAAAGAUCACACCAAAAGCGCAACCUUCUUCGCCACAUAUACCACCUGGCCAUGGCAAGUCAAAGACUCACUCAAGAAAUGCACGGCGUACGCGGACCAACCGUCUUCGACACCUGAAGGACACCGGAGUACUUUCGCAAGAUGCUAGUCUCGAUGACCUACAAAGGUACGAGGAAGGAAAGGGGCAACAACCCCAAGAACAUGGACGAGCCGCAAAGCCGUUCAGCACAUCUUCGGGCAAGCGGAAGCGACUAGACGAUGAGGAAGAGGUCCAAGUUCUCGCACAAAAUGCUGCAGAGCUCGAGCAACGGAAACAGGAACUGAUGGCAAGACUUGGUGACCAGACUUCACAUAACACAGCGCAGACAGUAGAGCCUGUGCCAACUCCAGUCAAAGAAGUCGUGGCUCCAUCACCAUCGACCCCGAAUGAACAGCAAACUCCCCGUUUGAAGAUCUCCGAGCGGUUGCGACCAAAUGUUUCAGCAAUCAGCCGGAUUCUUGCUCGCCAGGCUCCUGCUCUAAAGAAGGCGCCCAAGACUAAGCCAGUGGUCGAGGAACCUCCAGAGCCCGAAGGCGCAUCUGAUCCCGACUUUUGGAAGUCUAGGAUCAGCAUGUCUGCAUUUGAGUGCUGGGAAGAGGACUUCGAUCUGACUGCUCCCCCCUUUCCAUUCAAGCAACAUUGGGACCCGGCAAGCAAGCUCAUGCGCGAUAAAGCGGGCAAGAAGCGACAGAAGAAUGGCGGCAAGAAACCUCCACGUCCAGUUCAAGAAGAAGAGGAAGAGGACGAAGAGGAGAAGAUCAUCCUGAACUACGACGAUGAUCCUACCACGAAGAGUCCAGAUGCCGAGAUCAGCGCGGCCAUCGAGGAUCAGCUCCGCCAGGAUGUCGCAAUAGCCACACAAUCAGACUUCCCUCCAUUGCCCGAGGAUAUGAACGCGUUACCCGCCUUGACGUUUGCCGACAUCAAAGAGCGUGCCAUCAUUGUCUGCAAGUUCUUCGCCGUCAAUCCCAUCACCGUCACACCCGAGAUCAGCGAUUACAAGACCGCAGUAGUGGAGACAGAAGGCGACUCCGGUAGCGGGGCCGGCACAAUUCGGCUCAGGAUUGCAGCUCGUGAUCUGCCGAAGAGGGAAAAGAGAUUUGAUAGUAAGGGCAAUCGGAUAUACGAUGCUGCAGAUGGGUUCUUCAUGGAAGAUGAGGAUGAAGAUGAGGGCUUAUGGGAGGGUAUGUUUGGCGAGCUGUUGGAUGCGAAACUCCUGAAAGCUGCUUGA